AUGAAAGUACGACAUUUCUUUGCGGGUAUCCUUAUAGGCAUCCCUAUCGGGAUCACUUUUUUGGAUACAGUUGGUUACAUAGCCAAAGUAGAAGGAGUUUCUAUGCAGCCAACCUUAAACCCUGAUGAAAGAAAUCCUGAUUAUGUUUUUCUGAAUCGCCGAGCAGUUCGUACACAAAAUAUUCAACGCGGCGAAAUAGUAACUGUAAAAUCUCCAAAAACUCCAGAACAAAUUUUGAUUAAGCGAGUUGUAGGACUUUCUGGAGACAUUGUGCGCACACAUGGCUAUAAAGCAGACAUUCUACAGAUACCUGAAGGUCAUUGCUGGGUAGAAGGUGAUCAUAUUGGACGUUCCAUGGACUCUAAUACUUUCGGACCAAUUUCUCUUGGAUUGAUAACUGCUAAAGCUACUUCCAUAGUCUGGCCACCUAGCCGUUGGCGAUAUCUUUAUCCUUCUAUGACAAAUCAUAAUUUUCCACUAAAUUCACCAAAAGUACCCGCUAGAUAG